AUGGAAGUCGCGCUGGCUGAAGGCUUCAAGAUUACACACAAAGGACUUCUCGCGUCUUCAUCACUAGGCCCCCUUGGUGACGUACUGCCACUCCGCUCCCUUCACCUCGUUAUGGAAGCGGCCUUUGCUAUUCUCUUCUGGGCUAUGGCCGAUCGAAACAAAGACUACGGAAUGCCUAAUAUCUGCCGUUGGUCCCUUGAUACGUUUGAGUAUCAUGGUCUUUGUGGGAACUCUGCCCUUACCGAAGGAAUCCGUGGGGGCGCCAAAAUCCACUCCGCGUCUGCCGACGACAUGGCCAAGCGCAAAACAAGCAGGGAAAAACGCCGUGUUCAGAAGAUUGCCAAUGAGGGCUGGAUAUACACUGCCACAACAACAAACACCAAGCCAAGCUUGUAG